UAGCCCUAAAAUUAAGCCCAACCCGAUUUCGAAGCAAGCCCAAAAGCCAAUCCUUAUGUAUUUAAAUUCAUUUAAAUCCUCCGUUUGUCUUAGGGCUUCAUAGGAGCGGAGUAGCAGGGAGCAGUCGCCGUUGUCCAAUCUCGUAGAAAGAUAUGGCUAGAAUCAAGGUCCAUGAGCUGAGACAGAAGUCGAAGACUGAGCUACUGGACCAGUUGAAGGAUCUAAAGGCUGAGCUUGCUCUCCUUCGGGUCGCCAAGGUCACCGGCGGUGCUCCUAACAAGCUCAGCAAGAUCAAGGUGGUGAGAUUAUCAAUUGCACAAGUUUUGACUGUCAUCUCGCAGAAACAGAAGGCUGCUCUUAGGGAGGCAUAUAAGAACAAGAAAUUUUUACCUCUUGAUCUGCGUCCUAAGAAGACCAGAGCCAUCCGCAGGAGGCUUACCAAGCACCAGCAAUCUCUGAAGACAGAGCGUGAGAAGAAGAGAGAAAUGUACUUUCCCAUGAGAAAAUAUGCUAUUAAGGUGUAGGAUGGUGUCUUCGGGAUAGGGUUAUUUGAAUUUUGCAAUUGUAAACCUGUUUGGUCGACAAGUUUUCACAAUGGAUUAUCUUUUUGUUGUGACUUUAUCUCUUCUAGUUUAAUAUUAUGUCUGUAAGCUUGAAAGGGUGUAUCUCACUCUUAAGUUAUUCUUUCUGAA